UUAGGCCAAACAAUCCAUCCACCAGCCCCUGCACCUCCCUCCCUCUAAAAAUAGUAACAGUGCGCGCCAAAAAUGCAAUUCCCCACUCUCUCCUCUUCACGCUACUAGAUACUCCAGCGCGCACAAGAAGCGGCUGCAGCAGGAGGAGCAGCUGGGGGGAUUCAUGGACCUAUGAGGGGAGAAGAAGAAGCAGCAGCAGCAGCCACCACCGCGAGCAACGCAGGCUCCUGCAGAUUCUCAGGCAGGCCCGCUUCGGUUGCUGCCGGUAUCUUGUUCUUCUCCGCCGUUCUGACACGGCUGCCGCCGCCGCCGCCGCCGCCGCGAAAAGAUUGAUGGAGCUGUCGCCGAACCAGGAGAGCAGCCCACCGACGGCCGGAGGAGGAGGAGGAGGCGGUGACGGCGCCGGCGGAUCGACCAGCGCGGGCGCGUCGUCGUCGGCGGGGGGCGGCGGCGGCACCGGCACGCCGCAGACGCCGAGCCGGUAUGAGGCACAGAAGCGGCGGGACUGGAACACGUUCGGGCAGUACCUGCGGAACCACCGGCCGCCGCUGGGCCUGGCUCAGUGCAGCGGCGCGCACGUGCUGGAGUUCCUCCGCUACCUGGACCAGUUCGGGAAGACCAAGGUGCACACGGCGGCGUGCCCCUUCUUCGGCCACCCGAACCCGCCGGCGCCGUGCCCCUGCCCGCUGCGCCAGGCGUGGGGAAGCCUCGACGCGCUGGUCGGCCGCCUCCGCGCCGCCUUCGAGGAGAACGGCGGCCGCCCGGAGUCGAACCCGUUCGCGGCCCGCGCGGUGAGGCUCUACCUCCGCGAAGUCCGCGAGCACCAGGCCCGCGCGCGGGGCGUCAGCUACGAGAAGAAGAAGCGCAAGAAGCCGCAGCCCGCCGACACCAGCGGCGGCGGCGGCGGCGGCAGCAGCAGCCACCCGCACCCGCCGCAGCCUCCGCCGCCGCCGCCGCCCGCCGGCGCGGCCUGCUGAUGACGGGCAACUAGUACGUACGUGCGCACGCACCCAUUUGCCAUUUGGUACGCCGGAUUGAGCAUAUUUUAUGUAGGUUUCGAUUAAUUGCUUGUGCAUGCAUGCAUGUUUUUUUUUAUCAAUUCUACGCGGCAGCUCCAUAUCCGGACUGAUCAUCUUGUUGAUCGAUGCUACUCCUACAUUUGUUGUUCGCUUUCUACUUUCUACUAGCAGCUCCAGCAGC